AUGAAAGAAAAAAGCUUCCAUAAGGUAAGAUUACAACUUAUACAUUUUGUCUAAAUGAAAACAGCGCUAAUGAAUUUAAGAGCUUACCUAUAAUUAUAAGCAGGGACUCGUCACACUUUGGCCACCGAUCGUUUGUUCAAAACAAAAUGUCACAGACAAUGCGAAAAGGUAUUUGAAGUAACGUCUCUCCCCGUCUUUUCCAUCCUUAAAAAGGAAAACAAGUAAACAAGUAAUAAAAUUGUUUGAUGAAUACUUGCAUGACUAAUAUUUUCUGUUUUCUGAAACUGUUUUGAUUUCAAAGUCAUAUUAGUCCGACACUCUGUGGAGAAAAGUUCACCGACACUAGCUGUUGUCGAUACCACGUGGUCGAAUUUUAUUUUUUUUCCAUACCGGCUCUUACUAUGUUCGAUUUCAUUUCAUAUGUUUUUGAAUACCGUUCAGCCUGAGGUUUUCUUUGUAACAGCCUGAGGUUUUCAUUGUAAUAGCCAAAGCUUUUUUGUAAAAAAAAAAAAAAAAAGAAACGUAUGCAUGACCAGUCCAAUUUUCACACGCGGCAAUGACCGUGUACAAAAACGCAAAGCAUGAGAAUGACGUUUAAAAUUUUUGGCAUUCUCACGUGAAAAAUAUCGCGUGCAGGGGCAAUAGCAUUAUAAUAACAAUUUUAUCAUUUUAAUUUCUAAAUAUAUUCCUAUUCCCUAUUGCCGGGGAAAUCUAAUAUUUUUAACACAUUAAAUGACAAUCUGUUUCAUUCUACGGUUAAUUUUUUUUGCUCAGGGAACGGGCGAAAGUUAUGAGUUAUGAGUUUACUGUAUCACGGCUAUGUGCGCAAACUGCAUUACAGCAUUGACUAAGUGAGUCUUUUAUUUUCCAUUUUCCUAUUUACAGCAAUUUAAUAAGGUCAUCUUGGGUUUGGGGUGGGACGAUGUGAGGAAAACAAAGAGAGGUGGCCAAAGGGGAUACGAGGGGCUUUCCGUCAAAAGAGCCCCGAGGAGGCAGCCCGGUUUCGAAUUUGGCGGAAGGCAGAUGUUGGAAAGUAUUGCCAACUUUAUGAGGAUAAACCCACCGCCUCUCCCUCCCAUCGAGGUAAUUAUGUUUUUUGGCAUAAUAAAAAGCCCCUUACACACUAAUCCGGACAUGUUUAAUUGAAAUCAUGAUAAUUGUUUUACCCAGACCUGAAGCGGUCUUAAACUAAAACUGGAGAAAGGUUAAAAAAAGAUGCGGCUUCGAGUGAGGGAAUUAGGGGGUUCACUUGUUUCGUUGGGAUGCAAUUAUUGCCUAUUCUUGAAAACAAAAGAUGUGGUUUCUAAAAUAUGCGGAUUCAUGUCAGUGGAUCAGAAAUUGGCCCAAAAAAUAGCGAAUUAAGAUAUAAAAGAACUUAAGAGAUCUGUUCUAAGGUCUUUGUUUAUGGCAAAGAAUAGUCAAGAGAGAAUGAUUCUCUCUUGGAAUAGUAUCUCUUGAAACAGCUUACUCUUUGUGCUAUUUCUUUAUGAUAGCUACAUUCAGUACCAAGCGAUCCCCGAAAUGCCGGAAUUUGUGCAUUCGCUAGUAGGGAUAUCGAGAGGGGAGAGGUGGUGGUAGAAUACGAUGGAGAAAGGGUGGAAAUGGAGGAAGCAGCUAGGAGAGAGGAGAGGUACGCCGAGGCAGGGAGGCCCUGCACUCUUAUGGUUAUCGAGAGCGCAGGGCAACAAGUAGCGUAAGUACAUGUAGCAUUUCAAUAACAUCUUGGUUACAACGUUGAACGUGUCUGAGUUCCUGCUACAAAAUAACAGUUAACUGCAUUCUUUUUUAUUUUCAGGAUCGACCCCUACAGAGGCAAUCAAGAACUAGAGAUACCAUGGGCGGCCUGCAUUAACCACUCUUUAAGGCAUGCAAACCUGAGGCCAUAUGUGGCUAAUAAGAACACGCCACAUCCACGGGUCUUUUUCGUUGCACUCCACGAUAUUCCACAAACUGUGGAAUUUUUGUGGAACUAUAACGACCCUAGCGCGGAAUUCUACAACAGCAGCCAGACACUACCCUAG